AAUCCCAAAAAUAUUUUCUGAGAACUCUCACAAGUCACAUUGUCACACCUACCAAUUCUAGCAGAGCCAAGGAGAAAAGUGAAAGAGGCGAAAUAUUAACACAAUUUUGGGUUUCAUCGAGUUGAAACUUGAAAGUAGAGAGAGAAAAUGGAGAUGGAGUUGGAGAGCGGGAGAUCGAAGCCACUCGCAUACAAAAUCAAGGCGAUGUCUCGCGAAACUUCUGCUCAGAAAGCCACCCAUGUUCUCGAGGCUGACCUGCGAAAUUACUGGUCUACUGGUACUAAUACUAAGGAGUGGAUCUUACUUGAGCUCAAUGAACCUUGCCUGUUAUCUCAUAUACGGAUACACAACAAGUCUGUUUUGGAGUGGGAAGUUGCAGCAGGCUUGCGUUACAAGCCUGAUACAUUUGCAAAAGUUCGUCCUCGAUGUGAAGCACCUCGACGAGACAUGAUUUAUCCUAUGAACUAUACACCAUGUCGUUAUGUUCGAUUAUCUUGUCUAAGAGGAAGCCCCAUAGCCAUCUUCUUCAUCCAGUUGAUUGGAAUUUCAGUGCCUGCUCUUGAACCCGAGUUUCAACCGGUGGUUAAUUACCUUCUGCCACAAAUUGUAACUCAUGAACAAGAUUCUAAAGACUUGCAUCUUCAGUUGCUUCAAGAGAUAACAGAUCGGUUGCAUGUAUUCCUUCCUCAACUUGAGUCAGAGCUUACAAAAUACGCUGAUGAUUUAGAGACUAGCACACGGUUUCUUGCUAUGCUGGCCGGUCCAUUUCAUCCUAUACUUCAAAUUGUCACCGAAAGAGAAUCUGCGAGAUGCUCAGCAAGUGGUUUUGAUUCUGAAAUCUCUAGAAAUAGUCAACCAGCGCCAGCUUUAACAGUUUCUUCUAAUUUUGAGCCAAGGAAAUUUCGCAGCAUGUCACCUUUUCAUUUACCAACUUCCAGAUCAAUUGUAUUUCGCCCAGAUGCAAUUUUUAUGUUACUGAGGAAAGCUUUUGCAGAUGAUUAUUUGGGAGCUGUAUGCAAAGUGGCUUCAAAGAUUCUCUACCAUUUUACAGAGACAACUUCAGCACAACAAGAAGCAUCUGUUGUCACCGGAGAGACAUUGUCUCUGCUUGAAGAAGUGCCAAGAUCAAAAUCAUAUGUUGCUUUAUCAGAUUAUUCAGAGUUGUUUGGGGACCAAUUUCUUAUUCCAGUUGUUGACUGGAAUCCUAGCUAUAUAAAUGUCCUUGAUAUUGGGGCGGUAGAGGAAGGAAUUUUGCAUGUUUUAUAUGCUUGUGCAUCACAGCCGUUGCUUUGCAGCAAGCUGGCAGGCAGUGCUACUGAGUUUUGGCUGGCAUUACCUCUUAUACAAGCUCUGUUACCAGCUCUUCGCCCAGCUAGUUGUCCACUCAAUGUUGAUGAUACUUUCUCGCAGUGGACACAGCCUUUUGUACAACAAGCUUUAUCCAAGAUUGUAUCAACAUUGUCAUCAUCGGUGUAUCAUCCACUUCUCCAUGGUUGUGCUGGCUACUUGUCAUCUUUCUCACCUUCUCAUGCAAAAACUGCUUGCGUCCUGAUUGACUUGUGCAGCAGUUCACUAGCACCCUGGAUGCCUCGAGUCAUUGCCAAGAUUGACUUGGCUGUGGAGCUUUUAGAAGAUCUUUUGGGUGUAAUUCAGGGUGAACAUCAUUCCCUAGUGUGUGUCCGUGCUGCUCUGAAAUACCUCGUGCUGGCUUUAUCUGGUUACAUGGACGAUGUACUCGUUGAAUUCAAGGAGGCAAAGCUUAAAGUUUUAUUUCUUGUGGAGAUGUUGGAGACUUUUCUCGAGCCUGCUUUUGCUGCCUCACAAAGCAUGAUAGGCUCUGCUGAAGUCUCGUAUACUUUCCUCAAUGUUCAUGAAAAUACUUGCGCCACUGCACUUCAAGUGCUACGUGCAGCUGUGAGAAAACCUUCUGUUCUCUCAUCAUUGGAGCAGGAAUGGCGGCUUGGAUUAGUACCUCCUAGUGUUAUUCUCUCCAUUUUGGACCCACACCUGCAAGCACUGUCUGAGAUGGACUUUUGCAAGCCUUCUUUAUCCAAGCCUAACAAAGAGAUCCUGAAGUGUUCUUCAACAGCACCUUGUGAAGGAAGUUCUGUAAAGUCCAGUGGUCCAGAUGACACAGAUGGAGUGACAGAUAUUUCCGGCAAAGUGGAUAUUCCAGAAGAUGCCAGCCACUUCUUUGCCCCUGAGGAACUGAGAAAUCUAACUCUGGUAAACUCUUUCAGGAAUGUUAUUAACGGUGUGCGGUCUAGCCAUUCAGAUCCCAACUAUGACAAUACACUAGUUACAAGCAAAGAAAAAAACACAAUAGCUAGCAAGUCUGUUGCAUCAGAUCCUGGAUUCUCCAUGAAGUUUUUGAGUUUGCAGCUUGACCAUACCCAACUUAUAGACUAUGAUAUUUGCAAAUCUCGGGCAUCCGAGUUUCGGCGUUUGGCUUUGGACUUGCAUUCUCAGAAAGAUGUCAACCAUGAGAGCCACAAUGCUGCAAUAGAUGCUUUGAUUUUGUCCGCAGAAUGCUAUAUCAAUCCCUUCAUGAUUUCUGUUAAAGAGCGUUCGGGGGUUAGUGAUCAAUUGAAUUUACACAGGGCAAUAUAUCCUCGUGACAGAGAGAUUUCAGAACUGAGGAAAGCUCUAGGAAAAGGAAAUUGCAACCUAGAAACAAUUAGUCACCUUGAGAGCAAAAGAGACAAAGUGUUUAUCCAAAUAUUGCUCGAGGCUGCUGAGAUGGACAGGAGUUAUUACCAGAAAGUGUCUGAUGGAGAUUAUUUUCCAUAUGGUGUUGGUAGUACUGAAGAACUUGGAAGGUUGUCUGAUGAUGAUAUUGCAUCUGUAGAUGCUAUAACUUUGGUUCGGAGAAACCAAGAUUUGUUGUGCAACUUUUUAAUCCAUCAACUACAAAGAGAGGAGCAGUCGUUGCAUGAAACUCUCAUGCAGUCUCUUGCUUUUUUAUUACAUUCUGCCACUAAGCUUGUAUGCUCUCCUGAAACUGUGAUAGACAUUAUAAUAGGUUCAGCUGAGCACCUUAGCAGAUUCUUGAUGUCCACUCUUCACGAAUAUAAAGAGGGGAAUCACCAGCUUAGCCCAGAAAGGAUAUAUAGAGUGCAAAGGCACUGGAUGAUUCUUCAAAGCUUGGUCAUUGCUUCUAGUGGAGGAAGCAGUGGAUCAAACAAUGUAUUCAAUGUGAGUGGUUGCCAGUAUAGCAAUUUGAUUCCUCCAUCAACAUGGAUAUGCAAGAUACCGGUAUUCUCUUCAUGUGCUUUUCCUUUGGUCCGCUAUCUUGGUUGGAUGGCAGUGUCACGGAAUGCUAAAGGAUACCUAACCCAACGUCUUCUCCUAACUUCAAGUUUGUCACAACUGACAAGCUUAUUAUCCAUAUUUGCUGAUGAUUUGUCAGUGAUGGAUUCUGGUGGUGACUCCAAAAAACAGGUUUUGGAUUUAGCUGAGUUAGAAAGCAAACAAGACAGCAAAUUGGCAGCUAAAUUCUCUGAGCAGCAAUACCAAGACCAGUCAUUUGCUAUACUAUACCCAGACCUGAAUAUCCUCUUUCCUGACAUGCAACAAGAAUUUAAAACUUUCAGAGAAACUAUUGUGGAGGCUGUUGCACUGCAGCUGAGAUCGCUUGCACCAACUGUAGUUCCAGAUAUAUUGUGUUGGUUCUCUGAUCUGUGUUUGUCACCCUUCCUCGAGAAAACAGACAAGACUCAUGAUUGUUUUCCGGUUAAAGGUUACCAUGCCAAGCAUGCCAAGGCAAUUAUUCUAUUUGUACUUGAAGCUAUUAUAAGUGAGCACAUGGAAGCAGUCGUUCCAGAGAUGCCCAGACUGGUGCAGGUGCUUGGGUCUUUGUGUAAAAGCUCUUAUUUUGAUGCGCCAUUUCUCAAGUCUAUAUUGCGUUUAUUGAAACCGAUUAUCUCAUAUUCUUUGAGCAAGAAUUAUAACGAAGAGAAGCAUCUAAAUGGUGAUUUAUGUCUUGAUUUUGAAAGUCUAUGCUUUGAUGAGCUCUUUAAAUACAUUAAACAGGAGCUGAAGGAUAGUGAUUCUUCCACCAAAAGGGUUAGAAUCGCUCUCAUCAUUUUCAUUGUAGCUUCCGUGUUUUGUGAUUUAUCAUUUGAACGUAAAAGGGAGGUCAUACAAUCAUCUGUCCACUGGGUGGAUUUUCCAACUUUAGAGCCAACAACUACAUUCUAUGACUACCUUUGUUCAUUUCAGCUGCUUCUGCAAAGUUGCAACGAUUUUUUAGUGGAGAACUUGAGAGUACUUGGUCUUAUACCAAUGCCUCAGGUUGCUAACGUAAAUUUUCAGUCACUUGGAAAUGAUGGAUCAAAAUCAUAUGCAUGGUUUCCUCAUGAUUUUUGCUAUGGCUGUGGAAAAGAGGAGAUUAAAGAGACUGAAAGGGAUAACAACACUAAUUCUACAUUAUGUACUGAUGUUCGUCAUCUGUCAUUAGAAGAGAUAGAAGGCUUUUCUGGGGACAUAAAUAGUCUCAUUGCAAAGCUAAAUCCAACUAUUGAGUCAUGUUGGAAUCUUCAUCCCCAACUGUCUAGGAAUCUCGCCAUCUGUUCUGCCCAGUGCUUGAUGUACUCGAGAUGCUUACUUUCUGUUAUGCAUGAAAAUCCUGGUCUGGAAGCUCGUGGAAAUGACAAUACAUUAAGCUGUGAGACAUUUGAUGAGUUCUAUGCUCAUUGGAAGAUUGGGAUAGAAGGGCUUGCUGAUAAUAUUACCCUGGUUCAAGAGAAGCGUUGCUGGGAAGUUGUGUCCACUAUGGUUGAUUGCCUACUUAAAGUGCCAGCAUUUUGUAGCUUGGAUAAUGUGGUUUCUAAGAUCAGCUCUGUGAUCGAGAAUGUCAUGUUCAGUGCCCCAAAGAUCUUUUGGCGCUUGCAAACUGAUAGAUGGUUGUCAAAUUUAUUUUCAAGAGGAAUCCUUAUGCAUGAGAAUGGGAUAUAUCUAAUUGAAUUAAUUUCUAAAAUGUUGAGCCAUUCUGAACCGGAGCAACGAUUUACUGCUCUUCUGCAUCUAGGCAGACUCUUUGGCCUAGAUGUGAAUGGUGGAUGGGUGGUGCUUACCUCUUCAUCUUUUGACAAAUUAGCCUCACAAGAUAGUGCUGUUUGCAUCUCAGAACCAGUUUUAUACCAGCUUGUGUCAAAUACAUGGGAUGAGGUUGCGCUUAUGGCUUCUGUCGAUGCAUCAUUGCACUUGAGGACUGUUGCCAAGGCGCUUCUUGUUCACUAUAUUCCAUUUGCCGACCGUGCCAAAUUGCAAACUUUUCUUCAAAAUGCUGACACGCUUUUCCAGGCUUUGGGAAAUUUUUCAUAUCCAAUGGGUGAGGGCCUGUUUGCUCAACUGUCGUUGGCACUUAUUGCUGGAGCUUGCCUCUAUUGUCCAGCUGAAGAUAUGCUGUUGGUUCCCCAAAAUGUUUGGAGAUAUAUAGAGACCCUAGGAGGGUCUAAAACUGGGAGAGUUGGGGAAAUGGAGAAGAGGAUCUGUCAAGCUUUGUCUAAAAUUAAAUGUGAAGAGGAUGAAGCCAAAAAGGCCUUGGAGGAAGCACUUUCUACGUGUCAAUCAAAAGAAUUUGACCCUCAAUUCGGGAAUACUCGUGAAUCUGUGCUUCAGGUUCUUGCUAAUUUAACUUCUGUACAGUCAUACCUUGAUAUAUUUGCUGAAAAGAUAGACCAAGAAGCUAGAGAGUUGGAGGAAGCUGAACUGGAGAUGGACAUUCUUCAAAAAGAAGUGCCACUGCUGGAAAUCAGUGACCAUCAUCAUGAAGUUGCCGUUCCUUCUUCUGAUAGAAAGGGUGUUCAUUGUCUGCAGCAGAUUAAAGAUGACAUACGUUCUUUGGAGAAAUCUAGAAUUAGGGAAGAGAUAAUAGAGCGGAGACAGAAGAAACUAAUGUUGAGACACAGACGGCAGAAAUAUCUUGAAGAAGCUGCUUUACGAGAAGCAGAAUGUCUGCAAGAACUUGAUAGGCAAAGAACAUUGGAGUUGGAGAAAGAUAUUGAAAGGCAGCGGCUGCUGGAGCUAGAACGUGCCAAAACCAAUGAACUUCGACAUAAUCUUGACAUGGAGAAAGAAAAGCAAACACAGAGAGAAAUCCAACGUGAUCUAGAGCAAGUGGAGUCUGGAAGCAGACCACCACGGCGAGAAUUUUCUUCUUCUACUCAUAGCAGCAGUCGUCCACGUGACCGUUAUCGGGAUAGAGAGAUUGGCAGGUCCAGUGCUGAUGGUAGUUUAAGAGCAAGUACUACCAGCUUGCCACCAGAUAUGCCAGUCAACACUCAGUCUCUUGGUACAACACCCACUGUUGUUCUCUCAGGUUCCAGGACUUUCUCAGUCCAGCCUCCAACAAUCCUUCAAGCGCGUGAUCGUGUCGAUGAGUGCAGCAGCAGUUAUGAGGAGAAUUUUGAUGGGAGCAAGGAUUCAGGAGAUACAGGUAGCACUGGUGACCCUGAGCUAGGAUCGGGAUUUGAUGGCCUCGCUGGGGGAUUUGGCUCAUCUCAAAGACAUGGAUCAAGAGGAAGCAAGUCCAGGCAAAUCCUGGAGAGAAGAGAGCGAGAUGGAAGACGUGAAGGAAAAUGGGAGAGAAAACAUUGAUAGUUAAUCAAUUCUAAAAAGACGAUGUGGUUUCAACCUUCAACCGACUUUGGAAUGUAUGAGUCACUUGUAAGUAAACUAAAGAGCAGAUCUAAGACACAUAAUCCGUCGAAAGUAGCAUAAUGAUAAGAUAGGAAUAGUGAUGAUAUAGCUGUACUUAAACUGUUUUAUAAGAUUUUGUUGUAUGUAUGUUUGAGUGUAGGCAAAGAUGUUCUUCAUGAUUAUGAAUCUAGUUGGGUGAGAAAAUUGUAGGAGAUAUGAAUGAAGAACGUUAGUCAUAGUGUUUUACAAGGUUGUAUAGCUUCGAGUUACGCGAAAAAAAUUUGCAUUUAAAAUCUACAA